AAAAGUUGGCGGUGGGAGUCGAAACGUAUAAAUACAAAGCGCGAUUUCGAGAUGUCGCUACCUUCGUCGAUCUGCCAAGCGUGCACGACCUUCGACCACGUUCGCCUCGCACGCCGUAGCUGGUCGCUCUCGUCGCCGCCGCCGAGCGCUCGUUGAAUGCAUCGGGCAAAAUUUGCGUGCCGCCAGCUGCUUACCACCCUGCUCACCACCAGCGCUAGCACAACCACCCCGACGCUCCCGCCAUCGCCCAAUUCCAUACAGUCAUGCAUCGCGACUAUGUGCGCGAGCUAGGCUUAGACAAGCCGUUCUCGUCGACGUCUCGCUGUCACAUCAAAGAUGCACAACGCGUCAACGCACUCAUUGCACAGCUGGUGCGCGGCGGCUGCCCACGACUGCUGGUCGUUUCCGACUUCGAUCGCACCAUUACCAAACAGCACGAAAAUGGCAAGACGCACGUUAGCAGCUUUGGAAUUUUUGCACGAUGCAAAUCUUUACCACCCACAUAUAUGGAUGACGAUAGACGACUCACAGAAAAAUAUUUGCCUAUUGAGGUGAAUCCUGCUAUUCCGUUCCCAGAGAAGAAAGCUCUCAUGGAGGAAUGGUGGAAUCUAUCAGAAAAACUUUUAGUUGGACUUUCAGUCAGUGAUGCCGACUUGGAGGAGGUGGUUACGGAAGUUUCCAUGUCUUUGAGGGAUAACGCAAUUGAAAUGUUUCAACAUUUACAAAAAAAUGACAUCCCCUUACUAGUCUUUUCAGCAGGAAUCGGCGACGUUGUAGUUGCUGUUUUGAUGCAUUUCAAUGUUCUCAUGCCAAAUGUUAAGGUUGUUUCAAAUUUUCUCAAGAGGAACGAUGAUGGAAAAAUUGAAGGAUUCAACGGGAAAAUGAUCAAUGUUUUUAACAAGAAUCAAUUGGCUUUGGUGGGAACCUCAUACUACCCAGUAAUCGCUGACAGGACCAACGUGAUAGUCAUAGGAGACUCAAUAGGCGAUGCGGGAAUGGCCGAAGGUUUAUCAAAUAGUGACGCAAUACUCAAAAUAGGAUUCCUCUAUGAUCAUGCUGCAGCUAAUUUGCCUGCUUAUCAAGAACACUUCGACAUUGUGCUGGAAGACGACCAGAGUAUGAACGUACUAUUAAACAUUCUGAAGUUAAUCGAGAGCGACCAGCCUCUAAACACACAAAAUAAUCGAGCAAGUGCAGACCAACCAACGGACGCUAGCUCAGUGGCAACGAAAUAAAUAUUUUUCUACCUGUUUGUUGUUAUCGGUAUCAUUUUUGUGGCCUUGCGAAAAUCAUUCCUGUUUAAUUUAUUUUUUGAGACCUGUUCAAAGUUGAAAUUUUCUAUGGUGUACAAUUUGUUAAACAUUUUACACUUGUCGGAAAAUUAAGGAAUGUCUAUUUGGGCUAAUACUGAUAUUCUAGUUCUAGAGUUAUUUAUAAACUUUACUGAAUUUCUAAGAAUUUUUCCGAAGAAUUUACAUAGUACAACAUAUUGUUCAAAAUGCUAAUUAGUUUUUACUUUUAAGUGUUAAGUGAAUUGUUUUCUUAUUUAUAUCAUAAAGAAGAGUUAAUAGGCGCUUUAUACUCCAGAUUUAUAGCAUAGUCAUAAUUUAUUACAAAUCUUGCAUUAUUAUUCAAUAGAUGUGCUCAGAGACAAAUUAUUUUGUUAAAUGUCAUCCAAAUGACCCUAAUUUGUAAAGAAAAUGAUUUAAUCUCAGCUGUCACGUGAAAUGUAGACGAAAUAAGUGUUAAUUUCUUUCUGAUUGUUUGAAUUGUAUUGGUAUGUCGAUAAUAUACAAAUAAAAUGAU